AUGUCUGAGGCCAUCUAUGCUGUGCCAGAUAUGACCAAGAAGGUCAAGUUUAACAGAGAUGAAAUGAAGGAGAGGAUUGUGGAUAUCUAUGUCAGUGCAGACACCCUGAGAGACGGUGAGACCAGCACCAAGAGAGAAGAGACAGCAGACACUGCUCCUAAUAAUGGACCAGGAGACCAAUCUUUAAUAAUUUGUGAUUCAGUACAUGUUCAGUGGUGGAAGAGACCCUCUGGAGUUGCUGCAGUGUGUCUGGGGCUGCUGUGUGUUCUCCUACUGGCUGGGAUCAUAGGCCUGGCUGUCUACUACAGCAACAUCUCAAAGAACUCAUCUGCAGAGAGAGACCAGCUACAGACCAGUUACAACACCCUGACUAAAGAGAGAGACCAGCUACAGACCAGCUACAACAACCUGACUAAAGAGGGAGACCAGCUACAGACCAGUUAUAACAACCUGACUAAAGAGAGUUACCGGCUACAAACCAGUUACAACAACCUGACCAAAGAGAGAGACCAGCUACAGACCAGUUAUAACAACGUGACUAAAGAAAGAGACCAGCUACAGACCAGUUAUAACAACGUGACUAAAGAAAGAGACCAGCUACAGACUGAGAGAGAUGUUCUUAGCAGCAAGCUUUCCAAUCUCAAACAAACCUGUCCUGAAGGCUGGCAGAAGUUUGAAUCAAGUUGGUACUUCCUGUCUACUGAGUCUAAAACCUGGAAGGAGAGCAGACAGGACUGUCUGGAGAGAGGAGCAGAUCUGGUGAUCAUAAACAGUGAUAAGGAACAGACAUUUCUCGUCAACCUCAAGAAGAGAUUCUGGAUUGGUCUAACCGAUUCUGUUAAUGAGAGGACCUGGAAAUGGGUGGACGGCACUCCACUGACCACAGGGUACUGGUAUUACCCACAGCCUGAUAAUGGUGGUGGCAUACCAGAAAAUGGUGAGGAGGACUGUGUUGAGAUACGUAAUGAUCAGCGUCCUCUGGAGGCAUGGAAUGACUUGUCGUGUGACAGCAUACUCAACUGGAUUUGUGAGAAAGUGGUUUAA